CGUGCUGACGUCAGGCUGUGAGGACCCCAGGAUGUCCAUGCUAGCGGACCCCCGCAGGAAGCAGAAGUGGUCCGUGGAUCCCAGGAACAGCGCCUGGAGCAACGAUGACUCCAAGUUUGGCCAGAAGAUGUUGGAGCGGAUGGGCUGGUCCAAAGGAAAGGGUUUGGGCCGGACCGAGCAGGGAUCCACCGACCACAUCAAGGUCAGCGUGAAGAACAACAACUACGGCCUGGGAGCCAAUGCCAGCCACGAGGAUAACUGGAUCGCUCACCAGGAUGAUUUCAACGAACUUCUGGCUCAACUGAACAACUGUCACAGUCAGAACAACAGCAAUGAAACUGCAGCAGAUGAUCAGAAAGGAUUCAGUCUGGAGGAGAAAUCCAAGACCUCCAGGAACAGGGUCCACUACAUGAAGUUCACUAAAGGGAAGGACCUCUCGUCUCGCAGUGAAACCGACCUGAACUGUAUCUUUGGGAAGAGGAAUCGAUCCUCCAGAGACCCAGAACAGGACGGCAGCAGCAGCGACUCUCAGAUGGACACCGACGGCGCCGGGACUACAUGCGAACUGGAGUCCGAGACCAUCACCAAGACGGUCACCAGCGCCCUCACCAUGCAGGAGUACUUCGCCCAGAGGAUGGCCCAGCUGAAGAAGGCCAGAGGAGCUUCAGCUGCACCUCAGGAACCCGACCAGGACCAGGACCAGACCGACGAACUCCAGAAGAAGAAGAAGAAGAAGAGGAGGAAGGAGGAGGUGGAGGUGAUCGCAGAGGACCAGGAUCAGCAGGAGCCCUCAAAGAAAAAGAAGAAAAAGAAGAGGAAAACAGCAGAAAACGUUGAGGAUGAGAACUGCAGCGCCUCCUGUGGCAUGGAGGUGAACUGCAACGAGCUGCAUGCUGCUGAGAAGAAGAAAAAAAAAAAGUCUAAAAACCAGAAUAAAGACGAGCUGAACGAACACGAAGCAGCUGAGAGUCAUAGUGUGGAAUCAGAGGAAGGACAGAAGAAGGACGUCAGAGAGGAGGACAGCGAGGAGAAGAAACCUAAGAAGAAGACGAAGAAGAAACAUCUAGAAUAGAUGAACUCUGUUAGGAUGCUGGAGGACGAUUUUAGGAACAGAUAUCUGGUAGAAACACCUGAACAGAGUGAAAUAAAUCCAGAGAUUCCAGCUUUAACUGAGGAGCAGCAGAAGAUUCAUCAGGAACAUCAGAUUUACCAUCUGUCGACUGUAAAAUCAAUCAUUUAAACCCUGAACAGUUUAAAACGACGUUGAGCUAAACUGAAUGAUCUGCUCAGUCAGCUCUGAACACUGAAAUAUUUCUUUAUCCUGUUAAACAGCAAUUAUUAAAUGGAUCUGCAACUAUGAUAUGAUUGAUUCAACAGUCUGCAGCUUCUAGAUGUUCAUCCAGACUCUGACCUGUUUCAGCAGAAUCUAGAAUAAUUCAGUGAAACUCAUUUUAUGCUUCAUUUAGACCAGGAGAGUCAAAUUAUUCCAGUCCAGCCUGAUCUCCAGUGAACCGGACCCAUACAACCAGUAAAACCACAGCAUAAUAACCAAUAAAUAACCACAACUCCUGAUGGUUCCUAAUGUUCACAUUCAAAGAAUUAUCUUUUUACUAAACAUCAUGAACAACCUGAAAUUUAUGAAGAAAAAUAAAUUCAGUUUCAUCAACA